GCAAGACAUACAUAAUGAUGAAUACACAGAUACAUUAUGUUCCCCGACGUAAGUUAGCUGAAGCAACUAAGAAUCUCUAUGCUAAUCCUGUAAAUGGUGGCCCUAUAAAUCAAAUCGUCAGCGUUUUAACUACUACAAGUGGUUCAUUUCCUGCAUUGAUAUCAAAAUCUAGACUUAAUCCCUCUGAAGCUCCUAUACCUCUUCCAAAUCCACAAUCAGUUUCUCCAACUGCUGAACCAACAAAACCUGCGGGAAAUGAAAUUCCAUCAAGUGAAAGUAUAUCAACAUGGACAUAUAUUCUUAUUAUUUCAGCAGCCGCUUUACUACUUACCUUGGCAGCAUGCAUCGUUCUAGUUUGCCGCAGAAAGGAUGGAGCUAAUAUAGGUCCAUGGAAAACAGGAUUGAGUGGUCAACUACAAAAAGCACUUGUAACUGGGGUACCAAAAUUAAAACGCUUGGAGCUUGAAGCUGCCUGUGAGGAAUUCAGCAAUAUUGUUCUAAGUUAUCCAGCCUUUACUGUAUACAAAGGAAUAUUAUCAAGUGGUGUAGAGAUAGCAGUUGUGUCAACAACUAUCACCUCUGCCAAGGAAUGGUCAAAGGAAUCAGAAAAGCUUUUUAGGAAAAAGGUUGAGGCACUUUCUCGCAUAAAUCACAAGAACUUCAUUAAUCUCCUUGGUUACUGCGAAGAGGAUGAACCUUUUAUGAGAAUGAUGGUUUUGGAAUAUGCGUCUAAUGGUUCACUUUAUGAGCAUCUUCAUGGAGAAGAAUUUGAACUUCUCGAUUGGAAUGCUAGAAUGAGGGUCAUCAUGGGGAUCGCUUAUUGUCUCCAACACAUACACGAGUUGGAUCCACCCAUUCAACACCCCAACUUAAGGUCAAGGUCCAUCCUGGUCACUGAAGACUAUGCCGCAAAGAUUGUAGAUAUCAGUGUUUGGAAAGAAAUUAUUGACCAGGGAAAAUUGGGUGUAAAGGAUUAUCUCAAUAAUUAUGAUACCUUAUAUGAUCCUGCAAAUAAUGUUUAUAGCUUCGGAGUAUUAUUGAUGGAGAUAGUCUCCGGAAAGGUCAUCCAACGUGAAGAAGAAGGCUCUAUUUUGAACUUGGUUACAGGAUACUUAAAGGGUGAUGGUGGUCCUAGUUCAUUUGUUGAUUCCAAUGUUAAAUCUCACAGCGAGGAGGAGUUUCGGAUAGUUUGUGAGGUCAUCCAAGAUUGUACUAGCUCCGACCCGAGAAAUAGGCCAUCUAUGAGGGAAGUGACAUCUAAACUGAGAAAGAUCAUAGACAUUUCGCCUGAAGCAGCUAUACCAAGGCUUUCUCCUCUUUGGUGGGCAGAAUUGGAGAUCCUCUCUGUGGAAGCAAGUUAAUUAUUGUGGAUACUCAUCACGCAAAUCAUAGCUUUGUUCAUUAAUUGACAAUCAUAUAUAUCAAUUCAAAUAGCACUUCUUUGAUGUCUCACUAUCACUUUAGCAAAUAAUUGGAGGUCUCAUAUAAUUUGCUUUCAGAGAGAUGGCGAC